UUUCAAUUUUUUUUUUCUUUUUGUCUUUUUUCUUACUUUCUUUACUUUUUGGCUUUUCCCUUUAUUUUUUUUUUUCUUUUCUUUUCUUUUUUCUUUUUUUUUUCAUCUAACCUAUUAUUCCUAAUCAAUGUCUGGAUAUCAAUCGUUUCCUGUUUUAAAUCAACAAUUUAUAGUUGAUAAAAAGUAUUCUUUUAUACGUGAAAUGGGUCAGGGCGCUUAUGGUGUUAUCAGUUCCGCAAAAGAUACUACUACAGGAGAACAAGUUGCCAUCAAAAAGGUUUGUCGUAUUUUUGAAAAAACCAUUUUGGCAAAACGAGCUUUACGAGAAGUAAAGUUACUUAAACACUUCAAUGGACAUGAAAACAUUACUUCUAUCAUAGAUAUGGAUAUUGUCAAUUUACAGGACUUUAAUGAAAUAUACCUUGUACAAGAAUUGAUGGAAGCUGAUCUUCAUCAAAUUAUUCGAUCUGGUCAACCUCUUACUGAUGCUCAUUUUCAAUACUUUGUUUAUCAAAUAUGUCGUGGUCUUAAAUAUAUUCAUAGUGCCAAUGUGCUUCAUCGUGAUUUGAAACCAGGAAACUUAUUGGUAAAUGCUGAUUGUGAACUCAAGAUUUGUGAUUUUGGUCUUGCUCGUGGUUAUUCAGAUAAUCCAGAUAGUAAUGUGGGUUUCAUGACAGAAUAUGUUGCUACAAGAUGGUACAGAGCUCCCGAAAUCAUGCUCAGUUUCCAAAGCUAUACCAAAGCCAUUGAUAUGUGGUCUGUUGGAUGUAUCUUUGCAGAAAUGUUAGGUGGUAAACCUUUAUUCAAGGGACGUGAUUACGUGGAUCAACUCAAUCAAAUCCUAGGCAUUCUUGGAACUCCUGAUGAAGAGACUUUACAACGUGUUGGUAGUGAACGAGCUCAAAUGUAUAUUCGUAGUUUACCUCUUAUGCCUCGUAUUCCAUUCCAAAAUUUGUAUCCAAGAGCCAAUCCUCUUGCUAUUGACUUGUUGAAUAAACUUUUGGAAUUUGAUCCUUCAAAACGAAUUACUGUAGAAGAAGCUUUGGCACAUCCUUAUCUAAGUGCAUAUCAUGAUGAAGAUGAUGAGCCUUCCCAUGUACAACAUUUUGAUUUUUCCUUUGAAGUGGUGGAUUCUAUUGAAGAAAUGAGAAGAAGUAUUGCCCAAGAAGUGAUGUCAUUCAAAUCAAACAAGGAUGGAGGUCAAUUAUCAGGACAACAAACAUCUAUUCUCCAACCUCCUGUGUAUGGUUCCAAUUUGCGACGAAAGGAAAGUAUGUCGGUACAAGAUCGUGAAACUUUGGAAAGAAGCAAACAAGCUGCUGCUCAAACAAGAAAUCGAUCAGAAUCCAUGGGUCAAGAUAACUCUGUAGCUGCCUCUGCUGUUGCCAAUCACUCUUCUAUUCAACAUAUGGAGGUCGAAGAAUUGGAAAGAGAACUUAGUGGUCAAUAGUCCUUAGUAUAGUUUCAUUUAUUUAGUUUAGUCUUCUUAUAUAUAUAUAUAUAUAUGUAUAUCAUCGUCGCUAGUAUUUUUUUUCUUUAUAUACAUUGUUCUUGUCAUUCGAAUUGUA